CCGAUUGAGGAUGGAAGAGCCACAGGGGUUUUUCUCCACUGGUGACGGCUGUGUCGGUGACACGGUCACAGAAAGGUGCCUGGUCGAAUCUAAGGAGCCCGUGUCCCAUGUUCAGUUUGCUUGUGGCCUGUGGUUCUGCGCUUUCCCUUUAGAUGGGAAUGAACUUUGCGUGUGGAGCACCAAGGACCCCUCUUACCAGCCUCUAAUCCUAAGAGGACACCAUCAGCCGAUCACUGCUGUGACAUUUGGAAAUACAGUGAAUCCACUUCUCAUCUGUUCCGCAUCACAGGAUUAUGUUAUGUUGUGGAGUCUGGAUGAGUGCAGACAGAAAGUGCUUCUAGGGCUGACUCCUCGAGGGCUCGUCCUGGGCACUCUUCUGGGGAAGGCACUGUAUUUGAGGCUGAGCCCGGACGACCGAGCAGCUGCGGUGUGUGCCGGGAAUAAAAUCUUUAUGCUGGAUACCGAGAGCCGGUCUACACUAGCUGUGCUGGAGGGUCACUGGGGCCCCGUGACUGCAGCUGAGUUCUGUCCAUGGCAAACACAUAUCAUCAUUUCAGUGUCUGAAGACAGAAGCUUUAAGGUCUGGGACCAUCACGCGGGAUCACCACUGUACAGCUCAGCAGUGCUAACAGCCUCCCCGCUCCUGAGUCUCCUCGUGGAUGAAAAGAGCCAGCAGUUGGUGGCAGGAUGUGCAGACGGGCAGCUUUGGGUCUUCAGUUUGGUUGAAAGACAUCAUUAUCGUUAUGUGACCCGAGUUGACCUAAAGAAGAAGAGAGAGACUUUCUCCAGGAGGGUCGAGUCCAGGUUGUGCAGCCUGCCAGUUCUGUUCCUAGAGGAGAAUCAGCGUCCCUGUGCACACGGCCUGGAGGAAGGAGAGGACAUGGAAGGAAGCCUGCCUGUCCUGGGCCUGGCUCCCUGUGACCUUUCGCCCCUGCUCAGUUCUGAGUGUGGAUGCCUGCCUUCUGAGAGUGCCCCGUGCCUGUGGGUUGGAAGCUCCUCUGGCUUACUCAUACUUAACUUGGCGAACUUCGAAUUGGAAGGCGUUUUACGUUACAAGGAUUUCAGGAGCCUCAGCAUUCAGGUUGCCGGAUCGUGCGCAAUGAUGAGCAAGGCCGGCGGGCAAAAGGCCAUCUGCUUACUGACGUCCAUGUUUGGCGGUCAGAUCGCCGUGUUGGAAAUCCGUCUCGCGGCUCUGGUGCGGUCUCGGCAAGGUCUCGGCGCCGGAAGGAGCCUGUCGGUGCUGCCUCGUGGCUGUGUCCUGUCCACGUCUCCGCUGCACUUCAGAAUUGCUGAGGAGCACAGGACCCCACCGGCGCCUCAGCGGCGGUCCGCGGUACGGAGCACCGUUCAGGACCAGCCUCUGGUUUUCCACGGCAAAGUGAGGUCAUCUGGGUAUGCGACCGCCCCGCACGUCACUAUGUUUUCACCCAAGACCAACACCAGGAAUAACGGUGACAGCCCUUCACGCCGCAGGAGCAGUCACAGGUGUAAGGAGUACCCUCUGGAGAGUUCUCCGCCAACCAGACUCCACAAGCGGCGUGUGCUUGCCCACGGGCCAGCCGCCGCGCUCUGUGUCCAGUUCUCGGGAGAUGGGCGGUGGCUGGCCUGUGGCUUAGCCAACCACUUGUCGCUGGUCUUCCGUGCUGAUCUUACUGGGACACCUGCUGUCUUCUCAGGUCACGACGGGGCAGUGAGCACCGUGUGCUGGAGUCAUGAUGGCCGGUGGCUGCUGUCCACUUCCCUGGAAGGGACGCCGAGGGUGUGGUCGCUGCGUAGGGCGGAGCUCGUGCUGUGUGUGGGCAGAGACCUGUUCCCGAAGCCCAUGCAGUCCGCCCAGUUUUACUACCUGGACGCUUUUAUAUUGUGUUCUUCUGGACCUGAACUUCAGCUCCUGAAGUGUCACAUUGACACGAGCAAGGAUGAGAUAAGAAGGUACGUAGCCUCCUCUUUUACAUUUUCUCUCUGUAGUGGGGGGCGCUGUGAGUUCCCUAACUGUCACGCAGACCUGGUGCUCACCGCGGGCCGGGACAAGACCGUGGAGGUGUUCGACCUCAAUGCGGGCUGCAGUGCAGCCGUGAUAGUGGAAGCCCAUUCACGGCCUGUGCACCAAAUCUGUCAGAAUAAGGGAUCAUCAUUCACGACCCAACAAUAUCAGGUUUAUAACCUUUUUGCCACCACAGCCAUUGGCGAUGGGAUAAAGCUGUGGGACUUGAGAACCCUGAGAUGUGAGCGCCGUUUUGAAGGACAUCCAAACCACGGAUACCCAUGUGGAAUUGCUUUUAGCCCUUGUGGACGCUACGUGGCUUCUGGUGCCGAGGACAGACACGCGUACGUGUAUGAAAUGCGCUCGAGCACGUUUUCUCACAGACUGGCCGGACACACGGACACCGUCGCUGGCGUGGCCUUCAGCCCGUCAGCCCCCCAGGGAGACAGACGUGGGAACCAGACCUUUGCUGGGGGAGAAAGGGAAGCGCGGGGCGUGUUCUUCCGCGUGGCGGCCUGUGUCAUCCCGUUCGCUUGCUGGGAGCCGAGCUGCGGGUAACGCGGGCGGGCCGAGUCCCAGGGCAGCUUGCCACCACCACCCUGGACGGCAAACUGCAGCUGUUUGUGGCCGAAUAACUCACCGUGGGCCGGUGCGCCGUGGGCGCGAGGGGGACGUGGCCAAGGCUGCCGGAUCCCGAGCCGCUGCCGCCCUGUGUCCCUCAUGCUGGCAAGGUCUCCUGCCCCACGGGACGGUCCCCCUUCGAGACGGAGUUGGCCUCCAGCACUCGUGCGCAGAACGUGGUGA